AAGGGAAUUCCCCUCUCGGGGCUCUGCCAGACUGGACUCGACAUUUUGGACGGACUACAGAGGAGUGCCAUUUAGCUCAGGCGUAAGGAAAGGUAAGGUAACGCAAACAUCACACAGACAACAAAUACUAGCCCACGUACUAUAUAGUACCAAUAAUAAAAGAAAAUGGUUAUGAUAAGGAUACGGGGCAACUUGUAUUAGGCUAAGUAGGGAAAGGUAGUUUGGUAGUUUAAUUAUUAGCUCAGGUGUUAGGUAAGGUACGUAAGGUUAUAAUUGGGACCCUACACCUCAUGGUACAGUAGACUAAAUAUACUAAGGCAGAUUGCACAUUAUGGUACCAUUGAAGAAUAGGAAAAAGUGAAAAUAAAAGAGAAAUUGUGGUUGUCAGAGGCCAUUUUGGCAGAUUUCGGCCCCUACCCUUUUACAGGUAACUCGAUUUACGCGAAUAUUGUGUCCUUGAAGAGCUCACGUAAAUCAAAAACAAUGUACAUCAAACAAGAGGUAGGUUUGUAUCUUUAUUGCCUACUGUAUCACUCUGACUCCUCUCCCUCUCGUGGUUCCUCCUCUGGCUGCCCUCAUGGUAGCACAGCGGCGAGGGUGUUGGUGUUGUUGAGUAGCGUGGCAGCAUGGGUACUGUAUUGUUAUUCAAGUGGCGCGCGGGAAGAAUUGAGCUCAGCUGUGUUUCCGCGGCGCCGUGUGAGUCUAGUUGCGUGAGAAAUCUGGUGGCCACUCCAUAAAAUAUCGCGUAUAAGUGAAAAAAACGUGUAAAUUAAACAUUUAUUUGGAUUUUGGACCCCGCGUUAUUUAAAAAAAACGCGUAAACCAACUCGCGUAAGUCGAUUUCAGAGCCAAAAACUGUCUCCUGCACCCCGAUAAUUAGAGUCAUUUAUAGUACUCGUUGAAAUGGUUGAAUAUUGAUGUCUCUUUGUGAUAGCGUCAAAAACAGGUAAAUACAAUGUGGUGAAUCGGGUGAGCUGGCAACGCUGGUCACUCAGAGGAUGAUAUGAUUUGGAUCAGUUGUGGUCAAGAGGUCAUUGGGUAUGGGUCAUUCCUCUACUAUUUGAACCUUUAAUUAAUUUCUUAAUUGACUUUUACUACAUGGACGAGGCUCACUGGAUGAAAGUACAGCAAUAUUAAGUACAUCGACGCUUGUUGAUUGUAAGUUUAUCGUAAGAAGUGAAGUAAAAUACGUAAAGGAGAAAAAAUAGAUAGAGCAGGAAAGAAAUGAAGCCGUUUAGUGAAAAAGGAAGAGAAGUAAAUGAAUAAGAAAGGGGAAAAAAACGAAGUGAUGGAAACGAGAAAGAACAGUCGUGUAAAGAAGGGAGUAAAGGAAAUGAAUAAGAGAGGAAAGGAAGAAGUGAAAUGGUGAAAAUAAGAGAGAACAGUCGUGGAAAAAGGGAGUGAAGGAAAGGAAUAGGAGGGGAAAGAAACCGUGAAGUGAUAGAAACGAGAGAACAGUCGUACAAGAAAAAGGAAGGGAGUGAAGGAAAGGAAUAAGAAAGAGGAAGGAAACAAGAGUGAAGUGGUGAAGUUAAUGAAUAAGAGAGAAAAGAAACAAUUAAGAGUGAAGUGGCGAAAAUAAGAGAGAACAGUCGUGGGAAAAAGGAAUUAAGGCAGUGAAGGAAAGGAAUUGGAGGAAAGAAACAGUGAGGUGAUGGAAACAAGAAUUAAAGAAACGUCGUAUAAAAGGAAACAAAUGAAGGAAAUGAAAAGAAAGGGGAAAGAAACAAGAGGGAAGUAGCGAAAUAAGAGAGAACAGUCGUGGGAUAAAGGAAUUAAGGCAGUGAAGGAAAGGAAUUAGAUUAAAGAAACAGGGAAGUGAUGGAAACGAGAGAAAACAAUCGUGUUCGUAAAAAUGAAGCAAAUAAAGUAAAUGAAUAAGAAAGGAGGUGGACACAAGAAGGAACCGCCGUAUAAGUAAAAAGUAACUGCAGAAAAUGAAUAAGAGAAAAUAAACAAGUGCCGUAAAGAAGGAAGAACCGAGAAAAUACCACCAAACCAGGACACAAGAGGAGGAGGAGGAGGAGGAGGGGGAGACGGGGAACCACUUUGAACAACUGACAUAAGAUAAGAAAAUAAAUGCUCCACAGUUUUAGUAAAUCGGUGAUGGUUGUCUCUGUCCUGCCUCGCGUGUGGUGACUGGUGGCGCGUUGCUGGGCUCCUCAUCUUGUCUGCUUUGUGUUGCCAAGGCCGGCGCGCGUGGAUCAGCAUGGCCGUGAACGUGUUGGUACCUCUGCUCAUUCCCCUCGGCGAGCAGCUCACGAACGUGACCCAGCUGGCGGGGGUGGAGAUGGAGGGCGGCGGCGUGGAGCUGGGUCGGCGCCAGUACCUGCGGGAGGUGCGGGAGGACCAGGAGCCCGGCGUGCUGCUGACGGUGACGGCGAGGGUGCUGCAGGAAGGUCCGAGUGUCACCUUCCGCGUGGUGGAGGGGGGCGAGGAGGGGCUCUUCUCCCUCCACCCCUCCAGCGGCCGCCUCUCCCUUCUCAAGAACCUGGACUACGAGAGCAAGCAGCAGCACGAGCUGGUGGUGGAGGCCGCGGCGGGUCGUCACCGCAGCCGGGCCGGCGUGGCGCUGCUGGUGCGGGACGUGAACGAGUACCCGCCGGUGUUCCCGCGCGGCCUGCACCAGACGCAGAUCACCGAGGAGGACGACAGCGGCCUGCCCAAGACCAUACUCACGGUACGGGCGAAGGAUGAGGAUGCUGGGGAGUGGGGGAGAGUACGGUACACGCUCUCUGGGGAUGGUGUCACCUCCCCAUCCUCCUCCCCCUCCUCCCCCUCCUCUUCCUCCUCCUCCACAUCCUCGAGUCCCAGCUUCUCCAUCCAUCCUACAUCAGGUGACAUCUAUCUCCUGAAGCCGCUGGACCGGGACCCGCCCCACGGCCGCCCCCAGUGGCGCCUGCGCGUGGUGGCCACGGACGGGGAGCUGAGCGCCGCCACGCACGUGCACGUCAACCUCAAGGACGUCAACGACAACGCGCCGUACUUCCCCACGCCGCGCCUGGCCGUGGCCGUGCCCGAGGACGCGCCCAGGGGCGCCUCCGUGGCCCAGGUGCUGGCGCGGGACAACGACGACCCUCGGGAGGGCGGCCACGCGCGGCUCACCUACUCGCUGCUCAAGAACGUGGUGGACGAGGCCAGCGGGCGGCAGCUGUUCGCCGUGGACGGCCGCACGGGGCUCGUCACCACGGCGCUCUGCUGCCUCGACAGGGAGCGGGCGGCGCGAUACACCCUCACGGCGGCGGCGACGGACGGCGGGGGGCUCAAGGCCACGGGCACGGUGCUGGUGGAGGUGACGGACGUUAACGACACGCCGCCGAGGUUCGCGCGUCGCUCCUGGCAACUCCACGUGCGCGAGAACCAGGCGAGGGACGCAGCGCUGGCCGGCCUGCCCGUGACGGACCGCGACGCCCGCACCACGCUGGCCUUCGCGGUGGUGCCGGAGAGCGGUCGGGGGUGGCAGCUGUUCAGUGUGGAGGCCGGGGGGGGCGAGGGGGGCGGGGGGCACGAGGGGGGCGUCCUGAAGUCCCUCGUACCCCUGGACUACGAGAACCCGGACCACCGCGGGGAGUUUCGCUUCAAGGUGCAGGUCACGGACAAGGGGGUGCAGGGUUGGCAGCAGCAGGGGCGGCAGGGGGAAGCGCAGGGCCACGUGGACGAGGCGUGGGUGAGCGUGUGGGUGACGGACGCCAACGACAACACGCCCACGCUGAGCCACGCCCACGCCCACCGCACCCUGCCCGAGGACACGCCCGUGGGGACGCACCUGGCAGCCUUCCCCGCCCACGACGCCGACAAGGGCGGUCGGAGUCGCAUCAGCUACGCCGUGGCCCCGGAGAGUAACCCGCGAGGCAUAUUCAGCGUGGACGGGGCCGGGGCGGUGCUGCUGGCCGGGGCGCUGGACCGGGAGACGCAGGCCGCCCACACGGUGCUGGUGUGGGCGGUGGACGACGGGGAGCCGCCCAGGACAGCCACUGCCACCCUUACCCUCAACGUGACGGACGUGAACGACAACGCACCGUUCCUCCGAGAGCCGCGUGAGGUGACGGUGCAGGAGAACGCGGGGCCCAGGGAGGUGGCGCGGGUCAGGCUGGGGGACCGGGACAGCUGGAGGGAGGGUCACGGGCCCCCCUUCACCCUGGCCCUGGACCCCCGCGCCCCCCCCCACGUGGCGGCGGUGAUACAGGUGACGCUGGACCCAGGCGGCGACGAGGGGCGGGGCGUGGGUGUGGUGGGCACCCGCGCGUCGCUGGACCGGGAGGCGGGGCGGGUGGUGCUGGUGCCCCUGGUGGUGGGGGACGCGGGGCGGCCCCUCCCCCGCACCGCCACCGUCACCCUCACCCUGCACGUGGGGGACGAGAACGACAACCCCAUGACGCCCGCCGCCAAGACUGUGGCCGCCCACGUGUUGGCCGCCCCUGGGUCCCCGCCCCCCCAGCCCCCCGUGGUACCCCUGGGCCGGGUGUACGUGCGGGACCCUGAUGACUGGGACGCCGCCUCCAAGCGCUACGCCUGGCGGGGGCCACGUCACCCCGCCUUCACCCUGGACCCUGCCACGGGGCACCUCACCAUGGGGGCCGCCACGCAGGAGGGGAGGUACGAGUUGGCAUUCAGCGUGAGUGACGAGGCGCAGGGCCAGGUGGGGGUGGAGGCCAAUGUGACGGUGGAGGUGCGGGCCGUGAGUGCCAGUGCCGCCGAGGGUGCCACGCCCCUCACACUGGAAGCACCGCCGCGCCAGGUGGUGAGGGAGCAGGGCGGCGAGUCGGUGCUGAGCCGUCUGGUGGAGGCCGCGGGUGUGUGGGUGACGGGGGGCGGCGCGGGGGUGGUGGCGGUGUGCGUGGAGCCGCUGGGUUCCGAGCCACACCAGCACACCAGGGUCUGGCUCGCUGCAGGCUCAUCCACGCCAUCAUCCACUUCCACUCACUCCACUUCAUCAUCUCCGUCAUCUUCGUCUUCUUGCGCCUCAUCAUCAUCGUCAUCAUCGUCAUCUUUACCAGGUCGCUGUCUCCAAGAUCUCCUCCUCCUUCAUCGGGACAAGCUGAGUGAGGCUGCAGGGGUCUCGGUGACGGAGGUGGGGGCGGGGGCGUGUCCUGAGGGGGCGGCGACAGGGUGUGCAGGCGGGUGUGUGCUGCGGGCGGGGCUCAGCGAACACUUUGUCUUGGUGGACGCAAACACCUCGUCCAUCGUGGGGCCGCAGCUCAGCCUCCGCCCGGCCUGCAGCUGUGAGGGGAAGGAGAAGGAGGAGGAGGCGCAGGGCUGUGUCGAGGGAAGCUGUCUGAAUGGCGGCCGCUGUGUGCGUACGUCCCAGGGCGCAAGGUGUGUCUGCCCCCACCACACCCACGGGUCCAGGUGCAAGAUGCUGGCCAGGCACUUUGACGGGGGCGGGGCAGGUGACGGGGGGCAGGCAUGGGUGUGGGUGCCCCCCGUGCCCCCCUGCCCUGAUGUGCACCUCAGCCUGGAGUUCCUGACACGCUCCCCCGACGCAACACUCCUCUAUGCCGGCCCUCACAGCCACCCACCCACGCACUCCACCCAUAGCCACUCACCGCCCACACUCCACAACACAACCCAGUCCCCGCCCACCGCCAGGGACGUCUUGGCCCUUGAGCUGCGGGCGGGGCGGCCGUGGGUGCUGCUGGACCUGGGCGGGGGGCCGGUCAGCCUCAGCCUCAACACCUCCGCCCUCGCCGACAACACCUGGCACCGCCUUGACCUGCUCUGGGCCCGGCAGGUGGUGCUGCUGCUGGUGGACUUGUGCUCAGGAGGGAGCCUGGACACCACCCCCACCCCCACCACCACACCCACCACCACCACCUCCACCCCCAACGCAGCCAGCCUGUUGCAGAACCUCACCGCCUCCACCACCUCCCCGCCACCCACCCCCACCCCCUGCCGGGCCUGGGCGAGGCUACCUGAGGGGGGCCGCUACCUGGACACCCCCGGGCCGCUGCAGGUGGGGGGCUGGGCGCACCCCCCGCCCCCCCACGCUGAGUAUGGGUGGCCCAGACCCCUGGUGGAGCGCCCCUUCACCGGCUGCAUCAGGAACCUGCGGCUCAAUGGGGAGCUUGUUGACCUUGGCCGGGGCUUGCUGGGCCGUCGCAGUGCCCCGGGGUGCCCCGCCGCUGACUGUGCCGCCCAGGGACUCACCUGUGGCCCCCAUGCCAGGUGCGUUGGUUCCCCCGGCAGCCUGCAGUGUGAGUGUGAGGCCGGGUGGGCGGGUGACGGCUGCUCCGCCCCCACCCGGCCCACAGACUUCCUCCCCCACAGCUACAUCCGCCUGGCCCUCUCCUUCACGCCCCUCGCACACGCCACCUCGCUGCAGCUCAGGUUCCGCACGAGGCAGCAGGACGGGCAGCUGGCGGUGUUGUCGUCCCAGCGCGGCCACGACCGCCUGGCGCUGCAGCUGGUGCACGGCCGCCUGUGUCUGCUGCUGCACACACACCCGCGCCGCCGCCCACGCCCGCUGUGCCUCGCCCGGGCGCGGCUCACCGAUGGCAGGUGGCACGUCGUCAGGGCUGCCAGGCACGGCUCCAGCACCUUACUGUCAGCGGACGAGGGUGACGGUGAGCUGUACAACGCCUCCAUACCACUGGGGGACGCUGAGGCCGCCAACACCAGCACCGCCGCCACGCUGCUGCAGGUGGACGGCCAGGUGGGGCUGCACAUCGGCGGCUCACCGGAGUACGCAGGUGUGAGCGUCAUUAAGAUACAUGGCGACUAUCAUGAUGGGUGUGUGGAUGACGUGCGGGUGUCCGGGCGGGUGUUGCCCCUCCCCCCUGCCCACAACAACACCCAGUGGGGCCAGACCAGCAUGUUCCAGGGGGUGCAGGACGGAUGUGGCGCCCCCCCAGCCUGCACCAACGUCACCUGCAGCCCCCCCCUCACCUGUGUGGACACCUGGCGGGCCUACCACUGCGGGUGUGGGGCGGGCCAGGUGUUGUCAGGUACGCGGGCCAGCUGUGUGGACGAGGAUGAGUGUGCCUGGGACCCCUGUCUGCACGGCGGCACCUGUAUUAACGAGCCAGCAGGUUUCUUGUGCCGGUGUGCCUCGGGGUUCAGCGGGCGCCACUGUCACCUGAGUGGCCCUACCGACGCCUCCCUCAGGAUAUCCCUCACCGCCACCGUGGCCACCGUCGCCUGGUCCGUCCUGCUCCUGUUGUGUGUUGCAGUGGUGGUGUGUGCCUUGCUGCUCCACCAACACCACCGCCGGGCAGCGCUGCGGCGAGGCGGCUCGGGGCGGGUGAACAGCGACCACCAGCGCACCACAUCCUCCCCCCUGGGCCGGUCACACACCCAGGGGGCCAACGGACAGCCAGCCUGGACCACUAGGACUGGGGGGGAGCCUGACGUACUGGAGCUACAAGUCAACCACCAACACUCAGAAGUCUACCACCCAGCAUCCAUCGGGGAGACAGAACUGACUGGGGAGAAGGCCAACAAGAGGAGGAAGGGGAGUGUGAACGGCAUCAACGACGGCGGGGAGAAACGAAGAGGAGGAGGUUGUGACGUGGCUGCCGGAGAUGACCUGAGGAACUACUCUUAUGAGGGUGAAGGGUCAUCGCCCGGCUCUCUGUCCUCCUGCCUGGAGAGCUGUGGGGGCAGUGCAAAAUUCCUGGGUGGGUUCAGGGAGGUGGCCCGGGCCCUGGAGAACUGGGAGGCUCCGAGCGGGCGGUCCACCCACUCAACACCCACCAAGGCCGACCCCUCCCCCUCCACCACCACCCUCUGCCACCACCACUACCACCAACACCAGUGCCCCCCCUCACCCAUACUAAGCUAUCUCACCCCCUGCCCCCCUUCCCCAUCUGCCCCCUCCCUCACCCAACCCACCACCACCCUCCCGCCCCCUAUCCUGCCCUCUGAUGGUGUAAGAGGGUAUCCUGCACCUGAGUCCUAGUGUAAGUGUAGGAUGUGAUGGAAAUAAAGUGUUC